AUGAUGGUGCCAGGAGCACCGGUGGGGACCCUCCCGGCACAUCACUGCUGACCCCCUGGGCUUUCCCUGGCGCUGCUGCUGCUGCUGCUGCCCAUGCCGGGCUCCCGCUGCCCCAUGGCAGCCCCGGCGCCGCUGCACCGUGUGGGUGCCCCUGAGGCCCUCGAGCUCUGAGCGCCGCGCGCCGCCGCACCACCAUGUCCAUGGAGUGGCUGCUGGACUGGAGCUGGUCCCUGGACGGGCUCAGGGAUUUCAUCGCCACCGGCAUCCAGUCCUUCCGGGACUGCGACGCCACGGCCCUGGCCGCCGUCGCCUGCCUGCUGGUGCUCUUCCUGUGGUACUGCUACCACGUGGGGCGGGAGCAGCCCCGCGCCUACGCCACCGUCAACGCCCUGAUGCAGAGCGCCGAGGCCAACGGCGUGCAGAACGGGUUCGUGUUCUGCCACGCGCCCGAGUGCGCGCGCUGCACGCACCACGACGGCCUCAACCAGAAACUCUACCACAACCUGCAGGAGUACGCCAAGCGCUACUCCUGGUCCGGCAUGGGCAGGAUCCACAAGGGCAUCCGCGAGCAGGGCCGCUACCUCAACAGCCGGCCCUCCAUCCAGAAGCCUGAGGUCUUCUUCCUGCCGGACUUGCCCACCAUGCCCUACUUCUCCCGGGACGCUCAAAAGCACGACGUGGAGUUGCUGGAGCGCAACUUCCAGACCAUCCUGUGCGAGUUUGAGACCCUCUACAAAGCUUUCUCAAACUGCAGCCUCCCGCAAGGAUGGAAAAUGAACAGCACGGCCAGCGGGGAGUGGUUCACCUUCUACCUGGUGAACCAGGGCAUGUGCGUGCCCAGGAACUGCAGGAGAUGCCCACGGACGUACCGCUUGCUCGGGAGCCUUCGCACCUGCAUUGGCAACAACGUCUUUGGGAACGCGUGCAUCUCCGUGCUGAGCCCGGGCACCGUCAUCGCCGAGCACUACGGGCCCACCAACAUCCGCAUCCGCUGCCACCUCGGUCUGAAGACACCCAGUAACUGCGAGCUGGUGGUGGGGGGCGAGCCCCAGUGCUGGGCCGAGGGCCGCUGCCUGCUCUUUGAUGACUCCUUCCUGCACACGGCGUUCCAUGAGGGUCCCCCCGAGGAGGGUCCCCGCGUGAUCUUCAUGGUGGACCUGUGGCACCCCAACGUGGCCGCCGCUGAGCGCCAAGCCCUCGACUUCAUCUUCGCGCCGGGACGAUGAUGGCGCUGGCCGGGGCUCUGGGUUCAAGGGCGGCCGGGCCAGCUCGGCGCCGGCACCAGACGGGAGCUGCCUCCCGGCGCACGGCCUCGGGUCCGGGCUCUUGUAAAUGGAAACCGCGACGUGUCCCCGUGCCCAUCCCUCCCCUCCAUCAUCGGCUUCAGGGAUUCUU